AUGGCGCCUCUUUUACCUGCUCUUUUGCUAGCAAGUUCACUGCUUUCGAUACCCUCACAAGCGAGAAUAUUAUUCCCAUUCGAGCAACGUCAGUUGACCAAAGAAUACAUCGCAUCCCUCUCGGAAGAAGACCAGGCACUAUUUGGAUUCGACGAUGAGCUCAGUACCCUCGCGGUGAACACGACAGACAAGAGAUGUCGCUUCGGCCCAGCAGACGGAAAAUGGCCUGCAGAAAAGGCCUGGGCGAAAUUUUCUAAACAACUCAGUACGGACAGUGCCCUCAUCAAGACGACUCCUCAGGCGUCCGUAUGCUACGGGACGGCAAAAGAUGAUGCUAAGUGUCAAGAUCUUACAAAGAGCUGGAAUAACUCGUACACUCAUAUAGACGACCCAACGGAGGUGCUCUCGCCCAUAUAUCAAGGUCUUACCUGUCAACCUCCAUCGAUAUACAACAGUGGUAGCUGCACAUUGGGAGGCUAUCCUUCGUAUGUUGUCAAGGCAGCUGAUGUGCUGGAUAUUCAGCUGGGUAUUAACUUUGCGCGGAACGGCUACCUGCGUCUCAUCGUCAAGAACACUGGGCAUGAUUUCGGAGGCAAAUCGACCGGUGCUGGUGCAUUGAGUAUAUGGACGCAUGGGUUGAAGGACAUUCAAUUUCUUGAUAAUUACGCGGAUGGGAGUUACAAAGGUCCUGCUGUCAAGGCUGGUGCCGGAGUGCAGGCAUUCGACUUGUACAAAGCGGCUAAUGGCAAAGGCUUGGUUGUGGUUGGUGGUGAAGGACAGACUGUGGGCAUCAUGGGAGGAUACAUCCAAGGCGGCGGCCAUUCUCCGCUCAGCUCACUGUACGGCAUGGCAGCGGACCACGUCCUAGGUUUCGAAGUCGUAACCCCAACUGGAGAAUUCCUCACCGCGAACUCAACUAGCAACCCCGAUCUUUUCUUCGCCCUGCGUGGAGGAGGCGGUGGUACAUUCGGAGUAGUCACAUCCGUAACCAUCAAAGCCUUCAAAGACCUCCCCGUCACAGCCGCCUCCUGGUCCUUCGACAGCACCAAGCUCACCAAAGACAAAUUCUGGGCCGCUGCAAAAGCUGUUCUCGACCGCUCAACCGACUACGUCGACAGCGGAGUAUACACAUACUUUAUCGUAGCCCCAGGCGCGACCGGCAAAGACUUCACCUUCACAAUGCAGCCCUUUUUCGCCCCCAACAAAACCACAGCAGGUCUCAACACCAUCCUCGCACCACUCCAAUCCCAGCUUACAGCCCUUAACAUCCCCUUCUCCCCCAAGAUCACAGAGUAUAAAGGCUUCUACCCCGCAUGGCAAGCCGAAUUUUCCCUAGAAACCCAAUCCGACGUCCAAACAGCCUUCGGCUCGCGCCUCUUCCCCCGCUCAAACUUCGCCUCCGAAACAGGCCGGAACGUGACGUUCUCAGCGCUCCGCCAGACCGUCGAAGCGGGCAUGCCCAUCAUAGGCUUCAACCUCGCGCCUACCCUCGCGCGCGGUGGGAACCCUGAUAACGCGGUCAAUCCUGCGUGGCGCACCGCCGUGUUGCACGCCAUCACCGGUCAGAGGUGGGACGUCAAGGCGUCUGCCUCCGAUAUACGCGCUGCGCGCACGUCCUUCACUAACGGGACGAUGAAGCGGUGGCGCGAUGUCACGCCCGGAAGCGGAAGUUACCUCAAUGAAGCGGAUCGCCUGGAACCAAACUGGCAGCAGAGCUUCUGGGGCGACAAGUACGCCAAGCUGGCGCAGAUCAAGAAGGAGUGGGAUCCGAAAGAUGUGUUCUGGGCGGCGAAUGCCGUGGGGAGUGAGGGGUGGGUUGUAGAGAGUGUGGAUGGGCUGCCGAAUGAGAAUGGGAAGCUGUGUAAGGUGAAUGGGACGAAAACUGCAGUCGUGGAGAAAGAUAAAUUCAUCAGAGUGGUUUGA